AUGUUUUUCCCAAUUGAUCCAUCGAACGGUUUGGCGAUUUACGAUCAGGUGGUGCGGCAGAUCAAGUUUGCCGUCGCCGGGGGUGUGUUGCGUUCUGGGGAGUUGGUCCCCUCGGUACGCGAGCUAGCACGCGAGUUGGCCAUCAACCCCAACACCGUGGCUCGGGCGUAUCGACAACUGCAGGACGACGACGUCUUGCGGGCUGUGCGCGGUACGGGGCUGGCCGUGGCCACGGGGGCCGCUGAGAAAUGUCGCCGCGAACGGCUGCGGCUGAUCCGCGAGCGAUUCAAGGUCGUGCUCGAAGAGGCCAAAAGAAGAACCCUGAUGAUGCAACCGGUGAUUAGCUUCGAGAGGGUUACUAAACGGUUUGGCACUCAACUCGCCCUCGACGGGGUGAGCUUGGAGAUUCCCCGUGGUGUGGUGUUCGCCCUGUUGGGAGAAAACGGGGCCGGCAAGACAACCGCCCUGCGGAUUGCCCUGGGGCUGGAAACAUCCGACUCCGGCGAUACUCACGUGCUGCGGCUCGACAGUAAACACAAGGGGCAGGAAAUCCGCCGUCGCGUGGGGUACCUGCCCGAGCGGCCGACGUUGUAUAAAUGGAUGACCGUCGACGAGAUCGGCUGGUUCACUGCUGGGUUUUACGACGCCGAUUAUCUCCCCCGCUAUCGCCAACUCGCUGCUGCGUUCCGCUUGCCGGGCGAUCGCAAGAUCAAGGCCUUGUCCAAAGGCAUGCGGGCCAAAGUCGCCUUGUCGCUGGUGAUGGCCGACGAGCCGGAGCUGAUGAUUCUCGACGAGCCGACCUCGGGGCUCGACACGCUGGUGCGUCGCGAGUUCCUGCAGAGUAUGGUCGACGUGGCCGCCACCGGGCGGACCGUCGUGCUUUCCAGUCAUCAAAUUGGCGAAGUCGAACGGGUGGCCGACCAUGUGGCCAUUCUCCACGCCGGUCGGUUGGUUGUGGUCGAACGCUUGGACGACCUCAAGGCCCAAACCAGGCAGCUCCGUCUCGCCAUGCACGAGGCCACUCCCCUGCCCGAGUUCGAGGGUGAGAUUCUCACGGCCCAGCGUCGUGGCCGGCAGUGGCAGGUGGUGGUGCGCAAUCUUCCGGAAGAUGAGUUGCAUCGCCUCCAUGAUAGCGACCUGGUUUAUGAAGCGGAGUUGCGGCCCCUCUCGCUGGAGGAAAUCUUCGUGGCUUACCUGCAGCGUGAAGAAACCAGACCCCCGGAGUACCGCGUGCUGCGAUCAGUCUGGCUCUCGAUGCUGGUCAUCGCCGUUUCGAUGCAACUGCUGGUGCUGGUGUCGUUCGCGUUGUCUCAGAACUCGAAUCCGGAUCUCAGCGAAUUGCCUGACUGGCUGUUUGGAAUCGCGCUGACGAUGAGCGCGAUGUACGCCCUGGGCUGUACGGCGGCGCUGUUCUCAGCAGAGCGAGAGGAAGGCACCCAUGAGUUUUUGAUGCUGCGGGCACCAUCGCCUCGCGCGGUGAUCGCGGGGAAAGCUGCCUUCGGUAUGCUGACGGUCGUUGGACUGGUGGUGCUACUGUGGAGUGUCGCAUGGCUAUUUUCCGGCCGGCAAUUUCCUGAUCCAAAGAUGCAGCGCGAUCUGUGGGGCACGAUGGGAUUGGCGAUCUUAGAGCUGUUUGCCUGGGGCACCCUGUUCUCGCUGUUGCUGAAACAUCCCCUACGUGCUGCAAUCCUGGCUGUGGCGACGUCUUCAGUAGUCAUGCAAUUCUUGCCCCGCAUUUAUCCCGGACCGGGAGAACCACAUUGGCUGCUGAGUCCUUACAUGGGUGCGCUCCCCGCCCGCGUGGUGGUACUGGGACUGCUUGUCGCGAUCGAUGUCUGGUUUGCUGGUCGAUGGUUCCAGCGGCCGUGGCAGUGGAAGCGUGAAACAACGCAAGUGCCAACGCUUGAUUCCGUGGCGAGUGAUCGCGUGGUCGGUAAAUCUCGUUCACUCAACCGAGCGACCAGGCUCGGCCGUCUCGUCUGGCAGCAGUGGCGGCAUACAGCGGUUACCACGGCUAUGGUCUUUGGAGGGAUGUUGCUUAUUAUCGCGCUGAUUGCUAUCGAUUGGGAAAUCGACCUAAGCGUGCUCCUUCCCGUCGCGGUUGUGGUCUCGGCAUUGAUUGGGGUGUGCACUUUCUUGGCGGACAAACAGGAGUUGAGUUUUCGUUUCUUCGUUUCGCAUGCUGCUUCUCCCAGCGAUGUCUGGCUGAGCCGAGUUGGGGUGGGGCUCAUAGUAUUGAUCCUCGCCACGAUCUUCUUCUCGAUCGUCGUGGCGGGACUGGCGGGAUCGGGGCAGCCCGCCUUUCUGGUCAAUCACCCUUUGAACCGGAUGCAACAACUGCCGUACCUGCUCAGUAUUCCCAUGCUGGCUUACUGUGCCGGGCAACUGUGCUCGCUGUUAUUCCGCGGCGGAUUGUUGGCGGCCUUCUUCGGACUUUUCCUCGCCGGCCUGCUCGUCGGGUGGGACUUUCUCAUGCUGGUAAUCGCUACUCCCUGGUGGUGGUCGGUGGCACCGUUGAUUGCCGCCCUGCUAUUGGCCACCUGGCUGCGGAUGCCCGCGUGGUUGCUGGAACGCGGAGGCUGGCGACCUUGGCUACCGGUUGCCCUGGUACUUGUGGUGCCCACGAUUGCCAUUCUCGUCGCGGUGCCUUUCUUCCGUGUGUACGAGAUACCCCUGCAAGAUCCUGGCUUUUCCGUGGCAGAGUUCACAAAGCCGCUCUCCGCCGAAGAGAAACAGACGGCCGACAUGUAUCGCCGGGCUUGGGAAUUGAUCGAGCCCGUGGAGUUGAUACAGCCGAAGAAGGGGUCGGAGGAAUCGGAAGAAAACGAGGAUCAACAAGCGAAGCUUUGGCAUCCGCCGGAACUGAGUGAGAAGCAAGUUCGCUGGGUCGAGAAGAAUUCAGACGCGAUUGAAUUGGCCCUACAAGCCAGUGCCCGUGGACCGUGCGUGCUUGAUGACCCUACCCACGGCCCUUUUUACUCAAUCAACUUCUACCAUGCCUACGAACUGGCACGCCUCUUGGGGGCAAGUGCCCAGGUGCUUCAAUCGGAAGGCAAAUUAGAAGAAGCGUUCGAUCGCUAUCGAGUGAUACUGCGUUUGGCGAACGAUCUACGCCGUCGCGGGUCUGUGUUUGGAUGGGGCGACUAUUACCAUGUGGAUUCAGUCGCUGACAACUACCUACCAACUUGGGCAGCCUCUCAGGGCCAAACUCCCGAACGCAUUCGCGAGGCCAUUGCAGAAUUGCAGCAAAUCACCCAGGACUCACCAGUGCUGACGGACUUUGUCAAAUCAAAGUAUGUGCGGGUGCGGCGCCUCCUCUCAGGCGACGUCGAGUCGCUUGCAAACUUGGAUUUACUGGACUCGAUGGAAAGCAACUUGAUUUGGUAUCACUAUUUUGGCCCUUGGGAGAUCACACGGGCUAGAAGACUGCUGAAUGUCAUCACCGAGAUGGACCUCUAUCGGGCAAGUGUGGUGCAAGACGCUGGAGAAGAAGGGUUUCCUCUUCUCUCGAACGAUGCGAAUUGGUUUUGGGAAGAUAAAGUUCCGUGGUCGCACUCUACAUUGCUCUUGAGUCGAUAUUCCGAAGACUUACGGGACGUCGCCCUGAUGUCAGGUCGAGGGAAAGCAAGACGCCGCGCAACGAUCUUAUUAAUAGCAUUAGCCGCAUGGCACGAUGAACAUGGCCAACUACCAAGGUCCCUCAAGGAACUUGUCGGCCCCUAUUUUGAGCAAUUGCCCGUCGAUCCAUAUACAGGGAUGCCCUUCCACUACCGACCCGAAGGCUUUCCCACCCCGAUCCGUUUUGGAUCUCCACGCGAACCCAUUCCCGCCGGGUGGCCUCUAAUCUGGAGUGUCGGAAGCCUUGAUGCGCAAGUCGUUCUCGCCAGUACGAAUGGCCUUGACGUUUACGUGGUCCAAAGCAUCAGCACCGGGAGCCUCCGCCACGCAACUGAGAACUACAACGUAGGCCAGGCUUUCCCCCUACCCGAAUUGAGCCAAGCGAAACCAUGA